AUGUCUGCCCAACCCAUCAAGACCCCCUCCUCGGCCUCUACGCCCUCUGCCGUGCCCGGCACCACCGAAAAGGGGGCCAUGCUCUACUACGAGAAGCUCCGCAAGGAGCUGCGUGAAAUGCUACAGCGUAAACGCGUUCUCGAUAAGAAUCUUGCACAGUACGAGGAGAACAUCGCGAAAUGCGAGAUCGCCUACCUCGAGGAUACACAGAAUGGCAACAUCGUCAAGGGUUUCGACAACUACAUCAAGGGUACCGCCGCCCGGCGGAGGACCAAUAUCAGUGAUGCGGACCGCAUAUUCUCAUUGUCGUCGUAUUCAUAUGCUGCAAAGCUUCAACAGCAAGAAGACGCGACCCCAGCGACUAGCACUUCAACGCCGACGGUAGCCGAGAACUUGCCCAGGCUGAGUACCCAGAGCCGGAAUAAGAAGAAGCGGAGAAAGGGAGAAGAUGAGUCGGAGAGCCCGUCGGAGGUCGAGACACCGGGGCACAAGAGGGUGCGCAUCUCGUUUUCGGGACAGGGACAGGCGUAG